AUGUAAACACUUGAUCAUAUAGACGAAGAUAAGGUCACUUGGGCAGAAUUCAUGAAUUGGCUAUCAAAGGAAGGAACUAUAAGAAAUAUUGCAAAUGAUCAAAGACUUUAUGCAUUUACUAUUACUAGAAUUGAAGAAGAAUAGGAAUAUUUGAUGCGUUAGAUGCAAGUUUAGAAACUUGCAUCAUUGAAUGUGGAAGAUAAUUUCAAUUUUGUUCUUCUUGUGUAUGAAAAUAGAGAGGUUGUCUUAGCAUCUUAGAAUGAUCUAAAUCAUAAGGUAUUCCAGUUCAAGUUCUCCUCCAGAUAUUAAAAACCUAAAAGAAUAUCUGAGUAUCCACUCUAUAAAUAGAGAAAGAUGCGACCUUAAUCUGCAGCAAAUUACAGCCAAAGCAACUAAAGCAGAAGAAUUGGUAAUAUGAAUCCUGCAAGAAGAAGAUUUCAAUAAAUUUAAGAAAGCAAUAUGAAAAUUGAAAUUUAAAAUUUGGAGAAUGAUCUAGUAGAAUUGAAAUCAACUAGUUCACGGAAUGUUGGACUUAACUCAAAAACAUCUCUUAAUAGAGAUGACUUAAAGGAGGGGAAAAUAAAUAUGUAUCAUACGAUGGAUACAACAAAUCAUGACCAAUCUUUGAUUUCACCAAACAAAAAUUCUGAGAUGAUGAAUAUGACCAUUGGCUUUAAUAGUAGUGGAUAAAAAUCUGAAGAAGAACUAUCAGUUUCGACAUAAUCAAAGUACAUAAUCUAAAACUUAAAUUAUUGUAGAAACAAUAGAAGGAAAGCAUAUGAUUAUAACAUUAGUAGAAAAGCUAAAAAGAUAAGACCAUACCAAGUAUUGGGCAUUACGGAUACUACUUAAGAAAAUGAUGAGAUAAGAGAACUUCUCAAGAUGUAGGAGUAAAAUUAGAUUGAUAAGGGAAAAAAGAAUCUGUACUUUCACACAUUUGGAAUUGAUGAUAGGCUUUUCACUCCAAAACUUGAAUAAAAUAAAAACAAGAGGAAUUUCUAAGGACUAAUGAAGGUAAUGGAAAAUAUCAUAGAAGAAUCAGAUACUAAACUAAACAAUAUGAAGAUAUUAAAGAAAUAUAGAAACAGUAUGUUACAACCACCUUAGUACUAAAUAAAUGCUAGCACUAUUACUAUUAGUAAUAAUGAGGAAUCUAUCGAUCAUAACAGUAUUGCACUCUAAAAAUUCCAGAGUGCUGCAAAUAGAAAUUAGUUGUCUAUAUCCAAAGAGUAGAGCUUUAUCUCUAACGCAAAAAUUUUAGCUUUAUCAUAAAAGAAAAGUGUAGAUGUGAAUCAAUUGACGAAGCAUUUAUCUCUUCACUUUAAACAAAAUCUAGAUAAAAAGCAAUAAUAACAAUAAUAGUCAAAUGAUCAAACUAGAAAUGAACGAUUCUCAUCCUUGAAUGCUAGGCAGAGAUCGAAACAGUUCCAUAAGUUGAGAGGUUAGCAACAGACCAUUAAAUUAUCUAUCUAGAAUUACCUCCAACAGUUAAAAGAGAUAAGAUAAUUAAUCAGAGUAGCCAGUAGAUAUAGGAUUAGUGGACCUGGAUGA